UGUUCAGUCAUCCAAAAAAGAUAUUAGAAAAAGAUGGUGAAGGCCUUUGCUUUGCUAUCUCUGCUUUGUCUACAUGUUGUUGUGGUCAGUGUGAGUGCAAAACAUGCUGUGAGUGCUGGUGAGGAUGAUAAGAAGACGUUUGUAGGUGGUGGCAAGGGAGGAGGGUUCGGGGGAGGAGGUGGGGCUGGCGGUGGCUUUGGAGGUGGGUUCGGCGGAGGUGGUGGAGCCGGCGGUGGAGCAGGCGGAGGAGGUGGGUUUGGAGGUGGUGGUGGUGGUGGUGCUGGCGGUGGAGCUGGUGCAGGUGCCGGCGGUGGGGGCGGUGGGUUUGGCGGCGGCGGUGGUGCUGGCGGUGGAGCCGGUGGAGGUGCCGGGGGUGGGGGUGGCUUAGGUGGUGGUCAUGGUGCUGGUGGUGGAGUAGGCGGUGGGUUUGGUAAGGGUGGUGGUGUAGGCGGCGGCAUUGGUAAAGGUGGUGGUAUUGGUGGAGGAAUUGGUAAAGGAGGCGGCCUCGGUGGUGGCAUUGGAAAAGGAGGUGGAGUUGGUGGAGGCAUUGGCAAGGGUGGAGGUGUCGGCGGCGGUGUUGGAGGUGGGUUCGGCAAGGGUGGUGGAGCUGGUGGUGGAUUUGGUAAGGGUGGCGGGAUUGGCGGUGGGAUAGGAAAAGGAGGCGGAGUUGGUGGAGGCAUUGGCAAGGGUGGCGGUUUUGGCGGUGGUGCGGGAGGAGGAUUUGGCAAGGGUGGUGGAGUUGGCGGCGGCUUUGGUGGCGGCAUCGGAAAAGGAGGCGGAGUUGGUGGAGGCAUUGGCAAGGGUGGUGGAAUUGGAGGAGGAGUGGGUGGUGGGUUUGGAAAAGGAGGGGGAGUUGGAGGUGGCAUUGGGAAAGGCGGCGGGAUCGGCGGUGGGAUCGGAAAGGGCGGAGGAGUUGGUGGUGGUGUAGGAGGAGGUUUUGGAAAAGGCGGUGGUAUUGGUGGAGGUGUCGGAGGAGGAAUUGGAAAAGGUGGCGGAGUCGGAGGAGGCGCUGGUGGCGGUUUUGGCAAGGGCGGCGGAGUUGGGGGCGGUGCCGGAGGAGGAUAUGGCAAAGGUGGAGGAGUAGGCGGAGGAUUCGGUAAGGGUGGUGGCGUUGGUGGAGGAAUCGGAGGUGGCGCUGGUGGAGGCUUCGGGAAAGGCGGCGGCUUUGGUGGUGGGAUCGGAAAGGGCGGCGGAUUCGGGGGCGGAGUUGGAGGAGGCUCGGGUGGUGGGAUCGGAGGCGGCGCUGGUGGAGGCUUCGGGAAAGGUGGUGGCUUCGGCGGUGGGAUCGGGAAGGGUGGCGGAUUCGGGGGAGGAGCCGGGGGAGGCUCGGGUGGUGGAAUCGGCGGGGGAUUCGGCAAGGGGGGAGGAAUAGGAGGAGGCUCCGGAGGCGGCUUCGGUGGAGGUGCAGGAGGAGGAGGAGGAGGCGGCGGGGGUGGUGGAAUUGGACACCACUGAAACUCUUCACGUUGCAUGCAUGCAUGCAUGCGAUGCGACUCAUGGAAAGGAAUUGGGAAAGAGUACCGAGUAAUAGAGCAUAUGGCCGAAUAAUUCAGUGUUUAUCAUGUCACUUUAAUUUCGACUUUUACAUUAGUCCAAUGUAUCGUUGUCGUUCGAUGUUGGGUUGGGAUUGGUGUGUCGGCCCAAUUCCUAUAACAAAAGGGCAGAAAAAAAUAUAGAUGUAUUACUAGCAAAUUUCCCUUGUUUUUAUGUCACCAAUUUGGCAAUUUCUAAUAGAGAAAUUUGUUCUUAA